AAGUCAAAGCAAACUGGCAAUUGCAAGUUUUAUUUCUCUAUUGGCCUCUGAACCAUCACAAACCAUUCUGCUUUAGAUUUUUCUUGCCCCAGUAAUAACAAAGUUUACAUUUUUAAUAUCCAUCUGAAGCUGCAACUUCUGCCACUCUUGCGCCUCAGCCUGUGCAUGCCUCUGGUCCUCUGAGGUAUAACUCUCUUUGUUUAAUGCGGUUGCUGGGUUUCUAGCUGAUUCUAGAGUCUCUACUGUUUGAUUGAAUUUUGGGUAUAUCCCCAAAAGGGCAAAGAGCACAUAGAGUCUAAAAGCCAUGGCAGAAGAUGAUGUGCCCACCAAAGCAGCAGCAGCAGAAGAUGUAUACACCAAAGAUGGGACUGUGGAUUUUCGUGGAAACCCAGCUAAGAGAAAUGCCACAGGAACCUGGAAAGCCUGCCCUUUUAUUCUAGGGAAUGAGUGCUGUGAAAGAUUGGCUUACUAUGGGAUGAGCUCUAAUCUGGUGAUUUAUUUCAAGACUCAACUAAACCAAACCAGUGCUGUUGCUGCCAAAAAUAACUCAAAUUGGGGUGGAACAUGCUACCUCACCCCCUUACUUGGAGCUUUUCUGGCUGAUGCCUAUUUGGGAAGAUACAAGACUAUUGCCUCCUUCUCAAUCAUCUAUGUCAUUGGGAUGACACUUUUGACAAUGUCUGCAUCGGUCCCGGGACUGAAACCAACCUGUUCAGGAAAAGACAAUUGCCAUGCAAAUGGUGGCCAAACUGCAGCAACUUUCAUAGCACUUUACCUGAUAGCGUUGGGGACUGGUGGGAUUAAGCCCUGUGUCUCAUCCUAUGGAGCAGACCAGUUUGAUGAUGAUGAUGAGGUUGAAAAGAAACACAAGGGUUCUUUCUUCAAUUGGUUCUAUUUUUCCAUUAAUGUUGGUGCUAUGAUUGCCAGCUCUGUGCUGGUGUGGAUACAACAAAAUGUGGGUUGGGGAUGGGGUUUCGGCGUUCCAGCCGUUGCCAUGGCAAUUGCUGUAGUGAGUUUCUUUUCGGGUACUCAGUUAUACAGGAAUCAGAAGCCUGGAGGUAGCCCUCUGACACGCAUAAUUCAGGUGCUGGUGGCAUCUGUGAGAAAAUACAAGGUGAAAGUUCCCGAAGACAAGUCCCUUUUGUAUGAGACUGCAGAUGCAGAGUCUUCGUCCAUCCAAGGAAGCCGCAAACUUGAUCACACAAAUGAAUUUAGGUUCUUUGACAAAGCAGCAGUGGAGGUACAAUCCGACCAUAUAAAGGACUCAAAAGACCCAUGGAGACUUAGUACAGUUACUCAAGUGGAGGAGCUAAAAUCAAUCAUAAGGCUGCUUCCCAUAUGGGCAACUGGUAUCAUCUUUGCUGCUGUCUACAAUCAGAUGAGCAACUUUUUUGUGUUGCAAGGCACCCUUAUGGAUAUUCGUGUGGGCCACUCUAGCUUCGAAAUCCCAGCAGCAUCUCUUUCCAUCUUCGACACCCUUAGUGUCAUUUUCUGGGUCCCAAUAUAUGACCGAGUCCUUGUCCCAGUAGCUAGAAAAUACACUGGUCACAAGAAUGGCCUAACCACACUCCAGAGGAUGGGGAUUGGCCUCUUCAUCUCCAUAUUUUCCAUGAUAUGUGCGGCAGUUUUGGAACUCAUCAGACUCCGAAGUGUUCGAGAGCAUAACUAUUAUGAAUAUGAGCACAUGCCCAUGUCAGUUUUUUGGCAAGUACCUCAGUAUUUCCUCAUAGGAGCUGCAGAAGUUUUCACAUUCAUAGGACAGUUGGAGUUUUUCUAUGAUCAGGCACCUGAUGCCAUGAGGAGCUUGUGUUCUGCCCUCUCACUCUCCACUGUUGCUCUAGGAAACUACUUCAACUCUAUUCUUGUGACCAUUGUUACCCACACAACUACGAGGAACAAGAAUCCUGGAUGGAUUCCGAACAAUUUGAAUUAUGGACACCUUGAUUAUUUCUUCUGGUUAUUGGCAGUGCUGAGUGUUCUGAACCUAGGAGCAUAUCUCUUGAUAUCCAAGUGGUACACGUAUAAAAAGACUGUCGGAACUCUGCGUUGAUCGUUAAAAGAAGCAAUACAACAUAAGAAGUUGUUUUCUGCAUUCACUCUGGUGUUUUUUUUUAGCUUUUUUUACCUUGGUUGUUGAAACCCUUGUAUAUAUAGUCUGUUUUAGGAGCAUUGUGCUUGUGUAUGCCAUUCUGCUAAGAGACUACAAUGAUGAGUGAGUCUCAUAUGGUGGUGUGAAACUGUCAAUUAAGCAAGAAUGAUUAAGAAACAAGUGAACCACAAGUUCCAUCUU